AUGGCGCCAAUUCGUACGUACGUAUUUUUAGAUUUAGAAACUACCGGUCUACCGCGCGAAGAGUUAAAUAAAACGAAAAUAAUAGAACUUAGCAUGGUGAUAGUGAAACGGAGACAUAUUUUGGAGACGCUAGCAGGGCAUUUACCGCGUGUCCAACACAAGCUUACAAUGUGCUUCAAUCCGGGAAGAAUGAUAUAUCCUGGAGCAAGCCAAGCGUCAGGACUCGACAAUGAUCUACUGGAAUAUGAAACUUGCUUCAAUAUAGAGGUAUUUAACACUAUCAAGUCGUUGCUUGCGUGCCAAGAGAAGCCUUUGUGUUUAGUUGCCGAAAAUGGUCAUGCUUUUGACUUUCCAAUAUUGAAAAACCAUUUUCAGAAAUUAAACGAAAGUUUGGAUGAGGAUGUGAUGUGUGCAGAUAGUCUUCAUGCGUUUUAUGAUAUACUCAAUGGUGCACCAUGUUCAAGUCCAGAACAAAGCGAUGGUUCGUCUACAAAUGGUAAACUGAAUGUUAACAAAACGGAAAACAAGAAAGAUGAGUUAGACUGCUCCUUAAAAGAUAAUAUCUCAGGGAUACUAACUGCUAGUGAGUCUGUGGUUAAGGAUGAUGCAGAUGCUCUUUCUAUGAAAUCUCAAAACGAGAGAACACCGAAAUCUAACACAUUUAAAGUUACUCCCAAGAAAUUGAGAGAUGUCAGAAGAAAACUCUUUUACGUAAACAACAAAAAGCCAGACCAACUUUAUAAGCUUAAAAACAUAUAUGAGCGUAUUUUAAAGCAACCAGGAAAAGAUGCUCACAGGGCCGAGAGUGACUGCAUAAUGACAGCUGAGAUAGCAACUGCCAAAGCAGAAGAGUUUGUGGAAUGGAUUGAUAACAACCAUUGUCCUUUUUCAGAAGUUAAGGCCAUGACCCUUGCUGUACCAGUGGGUCAUUAG